AUGGCAGAUCUUCUACACCAGAGUCUGUAUGCUAUGUCGAUUGAAGAAGAAGAGGAACCGCUCACGCUACCGGAUAGUCCACGUUUUCGAGUUUUUGAUGGGAACUCAACCAGCUUGCUAGGGAGACUGCUGAACCCAGAGUGCCAGCCUAUGGCUAAGAUGAUGGAUUACAUGCCAACGGCGUGGCGUGUCUAUGGAAGAGUUAGGGGAAUUGCUCUCUCCAGAGAUAGGUUUCAGUUCAUCUUCCAGCGUGAAGAAGAUCUACAGACUGUGCUCAACGACCGCCCUUGGUCCUACAACCAUUGGGCAAUGGUUCUCGAGAGAUGGACUGCAGACCCGGGACCUGAUUUCCUGAGAUUCACGCCGAUCUGGAUCCGCAUAAAGAACAUUCCGAGCAAAUUCUUUACUGGAGAUACGAUGUACAAACUAGCCUCUGAAAUAGGGCAUGUGGAGGAAAUAGCGUAUGAUCCUAAAGUCUCACACACCAAGGACUAUAUAAGAGCGCUGAUUACGUUUGAUACUGAGAAGCCUGCAAAGGAAUCUCGAAAGCUUACUGUGAGCAAGGAUGCAACUGUGACUAUCAAGUUUGAGUAUGAAAGGAUCCAUAAGAAAUGCUACCAUUGUUUCCAUCUCACUCAUGAGAAGUUCAGAUGUCCCAUGCUCAGAAAGGGUCCGAAACCAACUCCUCCGACAGUAGCCACUCCAUCGUGUAGUGAGAAAUCUUCAUCGGAGGUCAACCCACUUGUGACAAGGAAAUCGACGAUGGAAGGGCCUCCUGGCUUCCCUCCCCUGUUCCCUGAGCUACCUCCGCAGGAACGUAAAGCAGCGCUCCUUUACAUCUCUCACUCGGACACUACAGAGAGACAGGCAAGGAUUAUGCGUGUGCAACAAGCUAUUGAAGAUCAAGGUCAAACUCAUGUGGCUACGCUUACGAGAUUCACUGCGGAUCUUGAUAAAGGGAAAGGCCACGUGUUUCAUUACCCAGAGAUUGAUCAAAGCCCACGGCCUCUGCAGCGACUGAGACCUACGGAGCCUCUUCCUAUUGCCAAUGUGCUACCUGAUCAGGACGAUGUUUCAGAAACAGAGAGCUCUGAGGCUUCCGCUCAUUUGGUUCCACCUAUCUCUACGGGUUUUCAGAUUGGCUCGUCUGCAAAGACUUCAUCUGCCGGGGAUAGUAGUGGUUCUAAGAGCGCUCGUCGUCGCCUUCCAUCUUGGAAACGAAAAGCUCAAGGUAGCAGAGGCUCAGCUAGGAACACCUCAGCCGUAGUGCUUACAACACCACCAAUGGAGUCUGGUGGCAAGCGUAAGCCGGACACGGUUCCAUUGUCCCCUUCCAAGAAACUUUUGACUCCCACAUCUAUUUCGGUGGCUUCCAAUUUGAAGCCGCUGCUACCCCAAUGA